CGCGCACGUCUCCCAACCCUCUCGCUCGAGCGACCUUUCAGGCGGAAGUGGAAGUCCCCGGUGACUAAGGUGGCUGUGUGUGAGUAAGGAAGCGGCUGUGCCGGGAACAGAGAUGGCUGCUUUGGCCCCAUUACCCCCUCUGCCCCCGCAGUUUAAGAGCCUUCAGCAUCAUCUGAGGACGGCGCAGGAGCAUGACAAGCGGGACCCCGUGGUGGCCUACUACUGUCGUUUAUAUGCAAUGCAAACUGGAAUGAAAAUUGACAGUAAAACUCCUGAAUGCCGAAAAUUUUUAUCAAAGCUUAUGGAUCAGCUAGAAGCUCUUAAAAAACAAUUGGGUGAUAAUGAAGCUAUUACUCAAGAAAUAGUUGGUUGUGCCCAUGUGGAGAAUUAUGCUUUGAAAAUGUUCCUUUAUGCUGACAAUGAAGAUCGUGCUGGAAGAUUUCACAAAAACAUGAUCAAGUCCUUCUAUACUGCAAGUCUUCUGAUAGAUGUCUUAACAGUAUUUGGAGAACUCACUGAUGAAAACAUGAAACACAGAAAAUAUGCCAGAUGGAAGGCAACCUAUAUCCAUAACUGUCUAAAAAAUGGAGAAACUCCACAAGCUGGACCUGUUGGAAUGGACGAAGAAAGUAAUGGUGAAGAAAAUGAAGAAGCUGGGACUUCUCCUCUACCCAUUCACCCACCUCAAAGGUCGUCUUCAGCAUAUGACCCAAGUAACAUACCAUCAAGCAGCUAUACAGGAAUACAGAUUCCUCCAGGUGCUCAUGCACCUGCUAAUACACCAGCAGAAGUUCCUCAUAGCACAGGUGUAACAGGUAGUACCAUCCAACCCACUCCACAGAAUAUACCUGCUGUUGAUCCAGCCCUUUUCAGUACUAUGUCGAUAGGGGAUAUCCGUCUAACACCAGAGGACUUUGCCAGAGCUCAGAAAUACUGCAAGUAUGCAGGCAGUGCUUUGCAAUAUGAAGAUGUAAGCACUGCUGUGCAGAAUCUACAGAAAGCCCUCAAGUUGCUGACUACAGGCAGAGAAUGAAGCCUUUGUCCAAAACAUUCAUGUAUUUUUGGCCUAAAGAACUAACACUCCAUUACUCCAUCUUCAGCCCACCAGGAGCACAAUAAUAAGAAAGGCUCCAGUUCCAUUGAACACGACAAUAAAACCUGUGUUUAUGUAUCUGGUUCCUGCUGUAGCUUUCAUCAGCAGCCUCAACCAGCUUUUAUUUCCUACUUCAUGGAACCAGUCGUGUUUGGGGCCAGUGGGCUGGUGUUAGCAAGAUAAUGAAAAUGCACAAGGAACUGUCGAAAACAAUGAAAACAGAAAUAUCAAUAAAAUCUAUUUAUACUGGGAAUAACUUUAGUAAUUCAAUUCACAUAUAUUAUUAAAGAAAAGAAAAAUAUCUACAGAUUAUGUGCAGCCAUAAUGUUCUUUUACUAUAUUAAUCUGAAUUUAAAUUUAACUUAAAGUAUUCAAAAAAAAAUUCUAGAUCAUAUUUGAAUUUGACCUCAAGAAUUUUUUGGUAAAAAUCGUUAGAUAAUCAAUGAAAGAUCAUUUUGAAAACUCAGUUUAUGUUCAUGUUAAAUGCUACUAGAUUAAAGAUAGGUAAAUUUUUUUGACAGGAAAUAGAGUAAAAAGGUAAGAAGGACUCAAGCACAAUAAGUGCUCAGUGAAUAUUUGUCUAAUUUAAAUAAUGCAGGUUUCAAAACUGCUUGGUUUUAUAUAUUGACUUUUGGAACAAAUAAGAAUGACUUUCACAUAGGCAAUUUAAUUUUAUAUUUUCCUCAGAAUGAAAAGGCAUUAAUGCUAAUGUCUCAGAAUUUGGCCCUUUCAAUUAAGAUACUGAACUACUACUAGUGGAGCCUGUAGAUUUUAUAACUAUGAUUUUGGAGUUUGGAACUGUUUAGUGUGUAAACUUUAUUUUGGGGAUUAUGGUGUUAUGUGUUAUGCCUGCAUCCAUAUUAUGUAAGAAAUAAAAACAAAAAAAGAUUCUUUUAACUAGCAUAA